GUGCACCCGGCCUUCCCUCCCUGAUGAUCUCCAGCACCGCCGCCGCCGCAGCCACCGACCCCCGGUCAUCUUGGCGGCCGACCACGGCGCGGCGGCGGCAGCGGCGACAGCAGCCGCGGCAGCAGCAGCAGCGGGGCCACGAGACGGCGACAAAAGCUUGACCACCGAAGACCCGUACGUGGUGGCCUCCCUCAAGAGAGCCAUCGUCGAGCUGUACGACACCUGCCACCGGCUUCUGUCGUUCAAGGUGGGCGAAGCCGGGGUUGCUUGUUGCUGCUUUUUGCUCUCAAAUUGCUGCACGAUCGACGGUGCGUUAUACUUGUCGAGGAGGUAUGAGGCUCCGAUCCGUGAGAGGCCGUCCUAAAAUACCUGGGCGGUGGUUGUUCUUCCCCCGCGUCAGGGGGGUAGGUAGCGCUGGAACCCCCCUGUCGUACGGUACGUCCUCAAGUGUGUUCUGUGAGUGCGUUUUAGCUUCCCCUAGGGCACGGAUGACUUUGCGUUGCUGGCCGUUCUGUUCACAUUGCACCCGAGAAGUGUUUAUCGGGGGCUCGUGAUGCCGGACAGCCUCCCCUGGGUUGGGAACAUGCCUGAGACUGAUGCGCUGACGUUUUGCCCCAUUUAGUGUAGCAUCUCUUGUGUGCAGCGCUCGUGUUACGUUGCAGCACACACCAGAGAGUGUUGUUUUGCGUGUGUUUGUUUUGCUGAUUUACUGCUGCUGCACCUGUUUUGCGACACGGCGGUGUACUUCUAUUCUCGCUUCCACUUCCACACAUCCUUGUCCAUCAAACUGUACGCAGCGUGACACAAUACUUGACCUUAUAGCCCUGCACAGCAGUUCGUUGGGUAACGACAACGUUGUCCCUGGUUGCUCAUCGCUCCGGGCGAUAGCUACAGCAGUAGCUGCGCGGAGGUAUCAUAGGUCGACAUCAGCGUACCUAGCAUCCCUACUGUAGCGGCACAUGAUGUGCAGCAGUGAGUUGCAGCAGGAGUAGUAGUAGGCCCUCUAUAAGGCGGGUGCCGUGUUAGGGCGGGUGAAUCGGUCUGGGCGCAUGCCCGCCUUGAGGGCCUAUGAAGACAACUGCUUGAAGUGGAAAGCUAAAAUCGACGGCGUGAUAAUGCACCUAACUUACUCUUUUAUGUACUCACCUUUGUCGCCCUGCUGUCCCUCAUCAUCAUCGCUACAAUCGACACGCAAGUACACUUUGCGGCCCAUCAUGCGUUCCACAGAAUCCACCGAGGGUUCCCGGAGCUCUCUGUCCAUGCCUUCGGGUGCACUGCUGCUGCGAUCAUGCACAGCAAGCACGGCCUACAGCACAGGAGGUUGAACAUCGCAGGUGGUGGAUCGGCCGCCGAGAGAUGCGGGGGGAUUCAGCAUUCAGCACCUAAAGUGAACUACUUAACCUAAACCACGCGGCGAAAGGAACCGGUCCACCCUGCUGCCUGCCGCCAUAGGUACACGCGCACAGCGCAAACCUUGCAGCGAGGACAGCAGGCGGGAAG